ACUUAUCAAUUAUGCAUUUGUAAACAAUAUGGCGGAUAACCAGACUUCAAGAAAGGUUACUUAUGAAGAGGAUACAAAUAUAUCAAACUCCAUGGCAUCGUCAAAUUAUCAGAAUGAAGUUGAUGAAUGGACAGAUGUAAACAGAAAGCUGAAGAACCAUGGUCUUCCCAUCAUCAAACUACUGCAUCCCUCAGACAUAGCUCUCAUGACAGGCAGGACAGUAUGCUUGGAUUCUGCCAUGAGUAAAACACUGAGGGAGAAUGUUUUAUCUCUCGUGGCAGACUGUGAUCACCGACAAACACUAAUUCAGGAUUUAAUCAUCACUAACAACAAACUCAAAGAAGACUUGGAGAAGCAAUCCAAUCUGACAUCAAAAUACCAUGGAAGAAUGAAAGAAUUGCAAGUGUUGCUUGAAAGUUCAAGGUCAAGAGUUCAGGAACUUGAGGAAGUGGGAUCCUCUAGGGGAUCAUUUAUGACAGAAGAAGAGGAGAAACUUGUCAAUACAAAGAACGCAAUGCACAUCAAGUGUAAACAGCUCACACAGAAAUGUCAGAGCCAAGAAAGAGAAAUAGAACGUCUCAAGUCCAAAUUACAAAAAAUGGCGGAGGAGGAAGACAAGCGUUCUUCCAGACAAAGCCAGGUCUUCCAGGAAUUCAAGAAGAGGACUGCCAGAGCUCACAGUGUCAUGGAUGAGAAGUUAUUAGAUAUUAUAGAUGCAUAUGAAAAACAGGUGCUAGGCUUGCAAAAGCAGAUUGAAUUUUAUAAGUCAGCAGAGCUUGGAGAUACUCAGGACUUUGAUGAUGAGGAAAAGUCAUUCUUCUCAGUCCAGAAUGAGCCCUCACAAAACAUGAAAUCUUUAGUCAGGACGUAUGAAAAGCAGCUGGGAAAAGCCCAUGACAGAAUCAAACAGCUGGAGAAUGACAGAGAAUUGAUCAGUUUGGAGGCAGGGUCAAGACCACAGCUGCAAGACUACAGGGUGGCUCAACAACGAAUUAAAAAGCUGGAGAAAUUACUAGCUGUCCACAGCAUCAGUAUUCCAGGUGAAAAGACAAAUAAAGAUCCAUACAGACUAAAAAAGAAGUACAGUACUAAGUUGGAGGACCUAGAUUAUCUCCCUUUAGAUUUCUGUAGGCAACACCUCAGGGACAUAUGCACCGAAACAGAAGUUGAAGAUCUGGAAGAAGUCAUUCCCCUUUUACAAAAACAAAAAGGAUUUCUUGAAACAUCGCAAAGAUAUGAACAGUUCUGCCGCUGUGUACAGGACAUUUGUCUCGAUGAAGAGGAAUGCCAAGGGAGAACACUCAGUCCCUCAAGGAAGAAGAAUUUACUGACAGAAAAAAGUCUACAGAAAACAGUGGCCAAACUACAGGGCUGGAAACAAGACCAAGAUAGUUUACAGGAGCUACAGAUAUCCUUAAACAAGCUGGGGGAGAGGGUGGCCCCCUGGUUAAAGAUCAGACUGAGUGGGGACCCCUCAAUGACCCAGAUCAUUGGGGCCGUGGACAAAAUUGUAUAUGAUGAUGGCAUUAUUAGGGAAAAGGAUGGUAAGGAGCACCCCUCCCGUACAGUCCUGGAGAACAUUGUACGACACUUCCAGACUCUGUUUGAUGUACCCUCAGUGUCGGGGGUGUUUCCCAGGAUGAAUGAUAUUUACACCAAGCUAGGAGAGGUCCACAACGUCCUCAACACGCUACGGAAUCUCCUUGGACUUGAUCCUGAUGCUAAAUCUUCAGAGAUUGUGGAUGCUGUGGGGCAUCUGUGCCAGACUUACAGAAACACAACAUCAAAGCAGCUGAAAUCUCUCCUACAAACUGAGGACUUGGAAGGAGUAAUACGACGUCUGGAGGAACACAGUAAUUUCUUCCCAGCAUUCCAGGAAAUUGUCAAGAAACUGUUUGAAAUUUUAGAUAUCCAAAGAAUGGACCAGAUUAUACCAGCUGUACGUGCCCUUAAACUGUUGGCAGGUUGAUCCACCUCCCGAAACAUUAGAAAUUUUAUUAUUGAUCGACUGUGAUUGUCUAUGCAUUUAGAAAAGUUAGACCUUGCAAUUUGGAUACAUCAUACAGUGAUACUGCAUUGAUGUACAAGUCCAGGAGUGUCAAUUAAUUUUAAAAACUUUUUCUCAGGUUCUGUGACUGUCCAAAAAGCUAUAUAUUUUUAAGAACACU